AUGGGUGGUCCUCGGUGGUCGUCGGAGGUGGUGGAGGUGAGCCAUGGAGGUGGUGCUGACCUAGCUGGUGCCAUGGCUAAAACAAGGUCAAAAAUCCAUGGAAAACCUAAAUCUGUGACUAAGAUUUCGAAGAGGAAAGGGGGGAAAUCAAAGAUGGAUGCGAUUCCAUCAGGUUCGAUGGAUCAGAUUUCAGAAAUUGAAGCGUUGGAUGUUUCUGAUGAGGAAGACAUGGCAGACGUUGCUCCGGCUAUGAGGGAUGUUUUUGCUCCUCUAUCACCGAAGUCUUCACUGGAAGAGAUACAGAGGCAAUGUAACAGUAACAUUGCAGCAGGUAUACACUCUAUCCCUCCUGUUUUGCGAUCAAAUUCUGUUAUGCGUAAUCUUGAGAAUUCGUUUCUGAAUACUGAGAAUAAGGAGAGUAAAGUGAAGAUUACAUUAGAUGAUAUUGAAGAUGAGAUUUCCUUUUGGAAACCUUCGAUUGUUUGCUAUGUAUUAGGAGUAAAUCCUCCUCUGCAUAUUUUGGAUGGCUUUGUUCAUAGAAUAUGGCAGGGUAAAGUGGACAGAGUGAAGGUGUUAUCCUAUGGUAUAUUCAUCAUUCGGUUUCAUUCAAUUGAGGAUAGGGAUCAAGUGUUGAAUGGGGGUUUCAUUUUCUUUAACAGAAGACCAGUAGUUAUGAGGCCUUGGGACCCAAAUGAAUCAUUCAAAAAAGAUGAUAUGAAGAGUGUGCCUAUAUGGAUCCAAUUAGAAGAACUGGAACUGAAAUAUUGGGGCCAAAAGUCAUUGUUUAAGAUAGUUGGUCAGAUGGGGAAGCCAAUCAUGGUAGAUAAUGUGACUAAAGAAAGGGAGAGAUUGAACUUCCCUCGGGUUUUAAUAGAAGUGCAGAUGGACCAAGAUUUGCCAGCUUUCUUGGAGUUUGAAAAUGAAUUUGGUUCGAUCACUUCAGUAGGAAUAAAAUAUGAAUGGAAGCCAAUUUCUUGCUCACAUUGUUCUGGUAUAGGUCAUGCUGCAACAGAUUGUAAAAAGAAAAUGGGGGGGCAGCAACAAUGGAUCAUUAAAAAGGACAACAGGAAGAUGCCACAGGUUGAUGAAGAGGGCUUUACCAAAGUUCAUAGCAGGAAAAAUACUGCUACCCGUGAGCAGGGAACAACUGGAACAACUGAAACUAAUGGGGUGAUAAUGAAGAACUCAUUCCAGGGACUUGAAGAAGAUGAAAUUAUAGAAAAUGCAGUGGAGAAUAUGCCUACUGAGAUAGUCAAGACAGGAGAGGGGGGAGCACCCUCUCUGUCUAAUGGAUAA